CGGAGCCUCGUUCUCUCGCGCCACGCUGUCCUCCAUCCACAGUCGCCCACUGCCAUGUCUAAGAGGGCCGCCGCAUCACUUGGGGAUGCCCUCCCUGAGGAUUCCCCUGCUUCGAAACGCGCGCGCGUCGAAGAUGCUGACGAAGACGCUCAAGACUUACCUUUCCGCAACGGAAAUGCCAAUGGCGGCCUCAUGCCCUCGCGGCCGGAAGAUGAAGUGAAAGUAGAUGUCGCGGAUGCGGCAGGCGAAAGGCUUGCUGAGCUCCAGGAGGCCGGUGUAUUACUAGACGACGAGGAAGCCGACAAACCUGCCAUAGAUGCCCCGAAGCGCCAGGAAGGGCCCGCAGAAGGCUAUACCGAUCUCUACCUGGACACAAUCGAACGCAAGGUCCUGGACUUCGACUUCGAGAAGCUCUGUUCGGUCACUCUCUCCAACAUCAAUGUUUACGCCUGUUUGGUGUGCGGCAAGUACUACCAAGGUCGCGGGCCUAAAUCGCAAGCAUACUUCCAUGCGCUGGAAGAGGGACACCAUGUCUAUAUCAACUUGGAGACGAAGAAAGUAUACGUUCUUCCAGAGGGCUAUGAAGUAAAAAGCAAGUCUCUCGAGGAUAUCAAGUUCGUGGUAGACCCUAAAUUGUCCAAAGAGGAGGUGACGAAGCUGGACAGAGAACAAAGGCAAGCGUGGGAUCUCGUCGGCCGCAAGUACAUCCCGGGCUUCGUGGGCAUGAACAACAUCAAAGCCAACGACUACUUCAAUGUUGUCACGCAUGCAUUGGCUCAUGUAACGCCACUUCGUAACUUCUUCAUGCUCGAAGACCUUUCCUCCCGCCCACAGUUGGCCCAACGAUUCAGCACUCUGGUCCGCAAAAUUUGGAAUCCUCGUGCAUUCAAGGCACAUGUCUCUCCGCACGAACUGCUCCAGGAGAUUGCACUUCGCUCUUCGAAACGCUUUACCUUGACGGAGCAAUCUGAUCCAGUGGACUUCCUCUCCUGGUUUCUCAACAACUUGCAUCUUUCACUUGGAGGCAGUAAAACAAAACCUGGCUCUAGCAUAAUCCAACGUGUCUUCCAAGGUACUUUGAAAAUAGAGUCCCAGCUCAUCACCGCUCGCGCCGACGCUGGCGACCGCCUCCGCUUCGAGGACGCAGACGUUCAGACGGAAAAGUCACACUUCCUCAUCCUGACUCUCGACCUGCCGCCCGCACCCCUGUUUCAAGACGAACUAGACAAGAACAUCAUCCCCCAGGUUCCCCUCACUAGGGUAUUGAGCAAGUACGAUGGAGUUUCGGCACAAGAACGCCUGAACUAUCGCCGACGUUAUCGCCUCCUACACCCUCUACCGCCUUACCUUCUAUUUCACAUCAAGCGUUUCUCAAAGAACAAAUUUGUAUCUGAGCGCAACCCGACCAUUGUCACGUUUCCUGUGCGUUCCCUCGACAUGAGUCCUUAUGUUGAGCCCAACCCGGCUGUGCAUCCUCCAGGUGAGCCGAUCUGGUACGAUUUGGUCGCAAACAUCACGCACGAAGCGAUCAGGAGUAGGGAUGACAGCGUGGAGGGUGAGGCGGAGGGGAAGGUUUGGCGUGUUCAGCUGAGAGACAAGUCCAGGGAGGACUGGCUGGAAGUGCAGGAUCUGUUCGUUGAGAAGGCGCGGGCGGAAACGCUCUUUACGAAAGAGAGUUAUGUUCAGGUCUGGGAAAGAAGAAGAGAGCCGAAGAAAGGAAAGGCCAAGGCAUAAGUGCAGAAGAGCGGUUUAUGGAGUAUCUGCGAUACCUAACCUGGAGCAGAUCUCGAAAGCUCUCCAAGCUGAUUUAUUUCAAUGUACAACAUGGAAAGGGUGUACUGGUGCGUCCGCAAAAUACAUAUAUGAUCAACCAUCGACGGUAGGCCCUAUCACAUACCAGUUUCUGGCAUGGCUAUUCCCUUCGCCUUGGAAGCCUAUACACGCA